AUGUCGCUAUUCAACAUCAGCAGCAGUCUGCGCACUGCGCUCCGACCCUCCGUCGCCAGCUCGUCGCGUGCUGCCGCCUUCUCCACCACCGCCGCCGCACGUCUCGCCACCCCCACCAGUGACAACGUCGGCAGCUCUGGCAAGCCCCAGCACCUCAAGGAGUUCAAGAUCUACAGGUGGAACCCCGACACCCCCUCCGAGAAGCCCCGUCUGCAGUCGUACACCCUCGACCUCAACCAGACCGGCCCAAUGGUGCUCGACGCCUUGAUCAAAAUCAAAAACGAGGUGGAUCCCUCGCUCACCUUCCGUCGUUCGUGCCGAGAGGGCAUCUGCGGCUCGUGCGCCAUGAACAUUGACGGUGUCAACACGCUCGCCUGCCUCUGCCGCAUCGACAAGGCCGGCGACACCAAGAUCUACCCGCUGCCGCACAUGUACAUUGUCAAGGACCUCGUGCCCGACCUCACGCAGUUCUACAAGCAGUACCGCUCCAUCGAGCCUUUCCUCAAGUCCAACAACACCCCCGCCGAGGGCGAGCACCUCCAGUCGCCCGAGGAGCGUCGUCGCCUCGACGGCCUCUACGAGUGCAUCCUCUGCGCGUGCUGCUCCACCUCGUGCCCCAGCUACUGGUGGAACCAGGACGAGUACCUCGGCCCCGCCGUCCUCAUGCAGGCCUACCGCUGGAUGGCCGACUCGCGCGACGACUUUGGCGAGGAGCGCAGGCAGAAGCUCGAAAACACCUUCUCGCUCUACCGCUGCCACACCAUCAUGAACUGCUCCAGGACCUGCCCCAAGAACCUCAACCCAGGCAAGGCCAUCGCACAGAUCAAGAAGGACAUGGCCGUCGGCGCGCCCAAGGCCGCCGACCGCCCCAUCAUGGCCUCGUCCUAA